AUGAAGCUAUCAAAUAUGAAACUGAAAAGUAGCUUAUCAGAACAAAAUGUGUAUUUAACGUACGUGUGUCUCAUCAGUGAUAUACGGCCAAGCUGUAAUACUAGGGAUUCAGGACAGAAUAAACCUUCAUUUAAUUUUGUGAACAACGAACAAGAAAACAAAGAGGCUGAUUGCGAAGACGAACCAAUUUUAGUAGAACGUUCAAAGGCGCUGCACGAACUAAUUGUGUCCAAAAAAAAGUCGCCAAACGAUAACAAUGGAUUUAAACAGAAGAAUGAAACGGAACCAGCGGCCAAUUCAAGAACAAAUCGAUCUGAGAGCACAAGUAAUUUAAUAGAAAAUGAAGAAAAUAAUUUCCUUGGUUUUGACAACCCAAAUAUACUUAAAUUAACAAAGAUGAAAUGGCUCUCUGAGAACAACGAUGAAGCGCUUGAUUCUAGCUCUCCUUCCCCAUCACCUUCAUCGAGUACCUGUUCAAGCGGUCACUCACAAGAUAAUUUAAACAGAAGCCUUAGUACCAGCGACAAGUAUUUAUCAACCAUAAUACAAUUGGAUAAGGAACAUAAUAUGUUUGGUUUAUCAAACAUUGCCAUAGUCGGUACAAGACCUUCGAAGAAAAUAAAAAAAGAUGAUGACAAACCAGCUUUUCCUCAAACGGCUAUCGUGCAGGUUUGCUGCGGCAUGAAAUGCUGCAAGCACAAGAGUAAUACCGAUCUUCCAGUUUCUUUAAAAUGCGGUGGAUGUCGAGGGUUCUGUUUCGAUUCAGCGUGUCCUUCCUGCUUUGGAAUAUGCCCACCCUAUUGUAAUAAUCCGCCAUAUCCAUCGCCCUGUUCAUCUUGCCCGAGAGAAAAAUGCAGUUGCAAAGUACCUUGCCCUCCAACAAAAUGUUUAGUGGAUUGCACAACUUGUUUUGGAUUAAAGAUAAAACUAAAUAAGAAACCAAAGUUUGAGCCUUCUCCUGUUGAGGUGACGCCGCGAUCUAGUUCCGUACUUCAAAAGCCUUUAGCAGCCAGAUCCUGCCAUCAUUUACCUCACUGCAUGCCGCCCUCAUCAUGCUUUCCCUACCUUAUGCCUUGCUACUGGCCAGCACGUGCGGGUGCUCCUUGCAGUCAUCCCGAUCGAUGCUUUCACAAUCCUCCAUGUCCCGCUCCAAGAACUCCUAAGCCGAAAAUUCCUCCAGAAGAGAUGUGUCCAGAGACUGGAAAAUGUGAAGAUCCAUCCAAAAAAACAAAGUGUCCCAAUUUACUUUGCCUUGGCAAUAAUCCAGACAUGAAGAAAGAAAUUGAAAAUAGAUUUGGGAAAAGCUAA